AUGUGCAGAUGGAGACUGAUACAGGGUGCCUCCGCCUCUGCCCACCUGCCUUCCUCCUCGCCUUCCUCCUCCUCCUCCUCCUCCUCCGGGCGCGGCGGCUGCGGCUUCUUGCUGCUGCUCUGCCUGAUGUCUUCGCUGACCGCCUCCAGCCAUGAACACGGGCGCGGGAUGCUGCUUCUCAAGGCCGCCAACGCCUCGUCCCCCUCUUCUUCCUCCCCUUCCUCUUCCUCUUCCUCUUCCUCUUCCUCCUCCUCCUCCUCCUCCUCGGCCUCUGCUGCCGCCGCCAGCGCGGGGAGACACGUGCGGAGCUACGAUCACCUCCGAGGAGACGUGCGCUGGAGGAAACUCUACUGCUUCAACAAGUUCUUCCUCCGGAUUGAGAAGAACGGGAACGUGAGCGGCACCAAGAAGGACAAUUGCCCCUACAGCAUAUUGGAAAUAACAUCUGUGGAAAUUGGAGUGGUGGCUGUUAAAUCCAUUAACAGCAAUUAUUAUCUUGCCAUGAAUAAGAAUGGCAAAGUCUAUGGAUCUAAAGAGUUUAACAACGAUUGCAAACUAAAGGAGAGGAUAGAAGAAAAUGGAUACAAUACAUAUGCCUCAUUCUCCUGGAAAAAUAAUGGAAAGCAAAUGUUUGUGGCUUUGAAUGGAAAAGGCGGGACAAGGAAAGGACAGAGGACCAGGAGGAAAAACACUACUGCUCAUUUUCUUCCCAUGGUGGUUGACACACAGAUAAAGGACCUCUUCUACUGAUAGCAGCUGAACCAAAGAUUUUGUCACAAAUACUUUGUACUCCUCUCAAAAGGCAAAGGCAAAAACAGAGCAGAUGUCUGCUUGACAGAAAAGGGGAAGUUUCUCUGCUCUGUUGAAUUAUGAGUACCUCUAAUUAGUUACGUGUCAUAUCCUAUAAUCAAGACACAAGCUGGAUCAAAUGAGAACAGAGCUUUUUCCAGUGCAAGGAAAUUAUGAUUAUUAUUUUUUAUCUUGCCGAUAGAACUGAAAGGAUAUGAGACAAUGUAUGGGGAAAGUUGGGGAAAGUUAUUUAUGGAAUACUAACUCAAAUCAAAGAACUUCAUUCAAACCUAAUGAUCCAAUGAACAGUUAAGCAUUUACUGUAAGCACAUGGGUCAUAUGCAGAAAAAAGAAAAGAUUUUGGAAUGGUCUCAUAUGGAAGAGAUGAAUAGGUUUAAGAAAUAUAAGCAUAUUAAAAUUGUUCUAACAAAAUAAAUAGUGUUUUUCCCCAUCUCUUUGUAUGCUAACGCCAUGCCUUUGUAUUUCUCCCUAAGUUAUUUAUUUAAUAGGAUGUUAAAUAUCUUUCUUCUCUUUUUUUUUUUUGAUUGUUUGAAGGAUUUUCUUAGUUGCUUCCUCUUGCAUAAUGGUUCUUUUCCUGCUGUCUAUAUUCUUUGCAAGAUUGACAAAGUCAAACCUUGAAACCUUGCCCAAAUUUCCAUAAAUACAGAACAACACAAAAGAAAAACAUAGAAUUGUAAAUUGUGUUCAGUUGUGUUUUCCCUUUUUCCCCCUCUUGAAACUUAUUUUUUAAGAUUUGCACUUAAAAUCAACAGGAUCAGAAAUGAAUUGAAAUGGCAACAGGAUCUGUGUGUAUUUUUGAUUACUGCUUCCCUCACGGAUCCAAAACUUCCUAUACUACAUCAUCUGAAGAGUUUUGCUGCUGUUUUGAAAUGGGCAGAAUUUAUUUGGAUACUCAAAUGUCAUUUAAUGCCUGACCUCAAAGGUAUUGAAACUGCAUCAUAAUUAUUCUCUUUUUUAAAUGAGGCAUAACUAUAUAUGGCCAUAUGUUAUACCAGUGUUUUUUAACCUCAGCCACUUUAAAAUGUGUGGACCUUAAUUCCCAGAAUUCAACUCUGGGACUUGAAGUCCACACAUCUUAAAUGUGGAUGAGGAUGAGAAAGGCUCUCUAUACUAAUGCAAUUUCUUUUCAGAAAGACAUUGAAUUAAGUCUAUUGAGCUGAUAACAUCUGAGCAGAUAUUCCUUUACAUCGCCACACCCAAAAAAGUAAAAAGAAAAAGCCAUUCCUUUGACUGCAGCCUACUUCAGAAAAUAGCCCUGAAAUACUUGGUGUUGAAAAUUGCAUCUUCAAUCUAAAUAAAAGUCAAUUCAGGAUAGUUUCAAUAUUACAUAGGAAUUGCAGAAGAGA